UGCACACAGUUGGCUGUUGUUGGCUGUGACUGGGAUGCUGUGGGGAGAGUGGGGCUCAGUGUGACCAGGCAGUGAGGCCAGUGUUGCAGGCAAGCAAGCAAGCAGGCUGUGGAGGGAGUGUUGCACCGCAGAGACGUGCCCAGGGUGGAUAAACCAUGCUCACUAAGUGGGAGAAAGACUCUGCCCAGGACACAAGAUGAAGGUGGAGAGGAAGCCCUCCUUUAUACGCAGCAGAUUCACUGACAUUCCUCCACUACUGACGCUAUUUGGCCUCUUCCUCCUCCUCCUUCUUCUUUUCUCAGGUGAGGUGUCAUCGGUGAAUGUGACCAGCCAGGCCCAGGUGGUGAGGGGAACGUUGGGCAAAGAGGCCCUCCUGUCGGUCAGCUACUCCAGCAGCAGCGCUGACAAGCCUGUCAUCAAGUGGCAGCUAAAGAGAGACAAAGUGAAACCCAUCACUGUCGUGCAGUCCAUAGGAACCGACAUCAUAGGAAACCUGAGACCUGAGUACCGUAACCGCAUCCUGGUGUUUGAGAAUGGCUCACUGCUGCUCCACAACCUGCAGCUCUCAGAUGAAGGAGCGUACGAAGUUGAAAUCUCCAUCACAGAUGACACGUUCACCGGAGAGCACUACAUUGAGCUCACCGUGGACGUUCCUGUGUCCAAACCUUACAUCCAGAUGAUGGCCUCUUCUGUGCUGGAGUACAGCGAGCACUUCAACCUCCACUGUUCUCACGAUAACGGCACAAAGCCUGUCUACAGUUGGCUGAAGGGAGGAAAGGUGCUGACCAAUGACUCACGCCUGCUGCUUUCACAUGACCAAAAGGUGCUGACCAUCUCACGAGUCCUGAUGGCAGAUGACGACGUCUAUGUCUGCAGGGUGGAGAACCCCAUCAGCAGCAUGAAGAGCAUACCUGUCAAGCUUACUGUCUACAGACGGAGCUCGCUAUACAUCAUCCUGUCCACCGGGGGCAUAUUCCUUCUAAUCACCCUGGUUACAGUAUGUGCCUGUUGGAAACCAUCCAAAAAGAAGCAUCGCCCUGUUCCCCAAAGUGUCCCUGUUUAUAUGGAGCAAAGUGAAAUUGGCCACGACGUUGAUGUCGUACCCAAACCAAGUACUCUGGGUCGAAGAAGUCCAAUGCCUCUAUAUGUUCUCAAUGAGGAUGAGACUCAGGAGCGUCUGGAAGAAUGUUCUGGCAAUGUCGUCAGCCAAUCAGAAAUUAACAUCCCUGUGACCUAUGUUCCGGUUCUCCCCCCGACCUCCAACAGAAGUGACCGGCCGGUGUGGUCGGCCCCCCGCAGGUUCCCCCGCAGCCAGUCCCCGCUGGCCCAGCCGCUCCCGCAGCUGCUCCCAGCCCGCUCCCCCGCUCACUCCCCGGGCUCCAGUCCGCGCAGUUUCAGCCCGAUAAGAAAGGUCCGUCCCCCGGUGGGCAUCCCAGUCAGCCACCUGCCCGUGGAGGCGGAGAGUCUGGAUCCCAGCGAGCAGGCGCACUGCCCGGCACAGCAAUGACACCUGCUUGGAUGUCGAGUUUUAAACUGUGACAUGUGAAGUUGUUGUAGUUGUUGUUGUGUUGCACUUUUGCCGUGAGAAUAAUGGAUCCGUCGCAGUCGAGUGAGAGAUGAGUUCACCUCUAGCUUCCUUUAUUCAUCUGUCAUUAUUUCUCUACGGCUAUGCAAAGUACUUUUAUGGAGUUUUUUCUGAAAUCAACUUCCAUGUAGUAUAUCAUGUAUGCUGAGACAGUAAGAAUUUCCAGUUCUGAUAUAUAUUUUGUGGAAAGUUUUGAUAUAUAUAAAUAUAUAUCUGUACAUAUGUAAGUUUUUUUUGUUUUUAAACAAAUAAAUAAACCACACAUACUGUAUUCUUAUUCCGCAUUAGUGUCACUGUAUAACCAAA